AUGCUCCCUGCGAUGUUACUGCUAAUCGUCGGCGCGUCGUUCGCGACCGGCGUCGAAUCGGAGUUCACCACCUCGAGAACCUACGGCAUGGACAUUCCUGAACUGGAUCCCAUCACCAUCACCGAAGGCGAUCCGCUUUGGGACGAGAAAACCCCCAAGAGAUUGACCAUCGGCGGCUUCGAUCAGCCCACGUCUCCCGAUCCCUCGAUCACCGACACCGACGACAGAAACAACGAGUUCUCCGCCACGGCGUUGCGGGACUUCCUCGAGAAAUACGCCGAAGGUCUGCGAAAGGACAAGAUCGAGAACCGCUUGAACGACACCUCUUCGGAAAUUACGCCGACGGAUUACAACGACGACGAAAAGAAGAGGAAAAAGAACGGUAACUUGCUCGAUUUGAAACAGUACGGUUCGCCUUAUGAUGAUAAAAUGGGCUGGGUGUCGCUGGAGCCGGUUCCUUGGUCUGUAUCGCAAAUUUCCAAAUGGCAAAGCAAACCGCAUCCGAACGAAUACUCCUGGAACCAACAGCCUGUUACUAACAACAACAAUUGGGAGCACGUGGACGAUUUCCCUAGCACCAGUACAGUAAGACCCAAUAACAUUCUCAAUCGCUACAAAUUCGGGCAAACGCACAAAAACAAACUCGAAAUCUACGAUCCAGACGAAUUCGACCAAAACAAAUUCACCAAAAGACCGUUCAACUACAGAAGACCUGCAUACUCACCGUACACAUCAGAUAUGGUACUUCACAACAACGUUAUCGUGAAAGACCACCGGGACAUCAUAACGGACAACAAUUCGCCGAAUUUCCCGCCAAACCACAACAACUUCAACCGGAGACACGGCACGGAAUUGCACUCGGAGCCCCACUCGUUCGCGGGCGACGGCAACUGGGUGCUCCUCUCCACCAGCAAGGGCUACAAGUACCCCAAGAAACAGCGGUCGCUGAAAAUGGUGCCGGAAUACAUAAACACCCACAAAAGCGUCCAGUUAACCGUGCUCCCGCCUUCCAAGGACUCCAACGUCAACAUGACCACCUCUCACGGCGGGCUGCUGCAGGUCGAGUCGACCUUCGAGCCGGUGGAGCAGGCCCAGCAGAAGUUCAGCAAGCUGCAGAAGCUCAAGAACAAGCGCAAGCGGCCCGGCCAGCACAAGAAGAAGAGGAAGAACGUGCGUAGGGCGCAGGAAUCGGCGCCGAGGAGCACCGGCAGCGACAGCGGGGCCGUCAUAGCGGGCGUGGGAGCCGGACUCAUACCCGCCACCAUGGCGAUGAUGGUGCCCCUGGUGAUGAACGGGAAAAGGCGAAGGAGAAGGAGCGCGAUAGACGAAACUAUUCUUCAGUACUGA